UGCAGGUGCCAGUGAACGCCAUGUCGUUCGCGCCGCGACAGAACGGCCUGUACCAGCAAGCCCAAGGUGCCUUACCGAUUUGCACAGCGGCGAACCAGGCCGUGCGCGGGAUGCCGUGCCAAAUGCAUUCGUUCUUUCCGUGCUCGGCGGGACAGUUGCCGCCAGGGACCUGUCAGGUGACAGGAAGCUAUGGGCAAGCACACGGAGCUGCUGGCUACUCGCCGUACAUGGGGAUGGGACCCGGUGGCCCACCAACCAUGGGCUCGCAUCAUGGGGUUCACAUGGGCCACCAGGGACCUGGAUUUGUUGCGACGCCGCAUCACCGCCCCCACAUGCCUACAAUGCAUAUUGCUCAGCCUCGUCACCACGCUCAGAGUCGGCACGAAGAUGAGAUGGAAAUGAUGGGCCGGAGAUCGUCGUACGCAGCACACCAGGGGACACUGCCUACGUCCGUGGGCGUCAUGCCGCCGCCACCACCGGCGCCGACGCAGAUGCCCGUGACGGUUACCAUGGGACCAGCCGUGCCACCGAUACCGCUUUCGUCUUUCCUCCCGAUGCCGAGCAACGGUCAACCGACGGCGUCGAGUUGUCCGCCGACGUCGGGCCACCAACAGCCUUACCUGUUCCCUCUGCCGCAUCAGGUGAACGAUAUUCCAGUUGUUGCGGCGGCUGCAGCUCUUGCCGCGGCGAGUGGAUCCUUGCGGAACCGUCGACUGAGCCGAAGCGACUCUCGACUGGCUGCAUCAGCAUCUUCGCAGGGCAUGCACCAUCACCUGCAUCACCACCACCAUCAUCACACGAUGCAGCCGCAGCACAGUCAACACGCGACUCGCUACCACGUGCCGCAUCCCCACCAGCAACACCAGAUCCGCCAGCAUGCCGCCAACAUCUCCGGAUUCCACGUACCAUACUCGCCCAGCCAGCACUCGUUCCUGUUGCAUUUCUUGGGGAUGUAUGGGCUGACGGGAUUGCUGCCGAGUGACGUGAGAACGAUUGGACAAGGGUUGAAUAUGCCGCAUCAUCCGAUGGCGGCGGAUACUGAGGCAGAGAAUUACGAAGCGUUGCUGUCGUUGGCCGAACGGCUGGGUGAAGUGAAGCCCCGAGGCCUAACACGCUCCGAAAUUGAACAGCUACCUUCAUACCGGUUCAAUGCGGAUAAUCCGGGAAGUGACCAGACAACGUGCGUCGUAUGCAUGUGCGACUUCGAAAACCGGCAGAUGCUUCGCGUCCUGCCCUGCUCACACGAAUUUCACACCAAAUGCGUGGACAAGUGGCUCAAGGUAGUGAACGAUAUUCCAGUUGUUGCGGCGGCUGCAGCUCUUGCCGCGGCGAGUGGAUCCUUGCGGAACCGUCGACUGAGCCGAAGCGACUCUCGACUGGCUGCAUCAGCAUCGUCGCAGGGCAUGCACCAUCACCUGCAUCACCACCACCACCAUCACACGAUGCAGCCGCAGCACAGUCAACACGCGACUCGCUACCACCACGUACCAUACUCGCCCAGCCAGCACUCGUUCCUGUUGCAUUUCUUGGGGAUGUAUGGGCUGACGGGAUUGCUGCCGAGUGACGUGAGAACGAUUGGACAAGGGUUGAAUAUGCCGCAUCAUCCGAUGGCGGCGGAUACGGAGGCAGAGAAUUACGAAGCGUUGCUGUCGUUGGCCGAACGGCUGGGUGAAGUGAAGCCCCGAGGCCUAACACGCUCCGAAAUUGAACAGCUACCUUCAUACCGGGUAAUCGUACCUGCCCGAUAUGCCGUGGGGACGCGUCGGAGUAUUUCACCCAUGCGGAUUAGAACGUCGACGACGGUAGCGAAGUGGAAAUGCAAGGACACGGCGUCUCGUCAGCUCCCUAUUCCGCGGAUGUUUUUUCGUUUCGCAAAGAAAUCGUGUUGAACCAUUCCUCCUGUAGUCCACUCCGUAGUAGAUUGUGUUUAAUGUGACGAGUGCAUCUCUGGAUUUAACUUGCUGUGCUUCUGGGGUUUUUUGUUCCUUUUUUUUUUGUGGUUCCAAAGCCAACACGCGAGCUUUGUGGGCGUUUCGAUUGCUGUGCAUCGCUCCUCCCCCGUCGAGUGGGUUGUCUCGGAUUUUUGGUUUUAUUUUUUCUCGAGUGGCAGAGAUAUCGCUUUUUUGUAGACUUUUUGUGGGCCACCCGUGUGAGUACAAAACCGCCUCCAACGUCUUCCGUUUUCGAAUUGAGUUGAAUCUUCCACGUGUGGAGUGAAUUGCAGGGGCUCGUUUCACGCUCAUCCCUCGUCGUUGCUGAGCGUUCCAUCAUUCCUCGUUGAUGUCUUUUUUUUUUCUCUCGCGGUCGAUUGGCGUAUGCCAAUCCUUUCUAGCUAUUUAUUUUUCAUUGUUGCCUGAGCUGUUUUUGUGUUACAGUGAUGUACUGUGCGAGGUGUAGGGUCACGUGAGUGUUUCGGACAACUGGGCGGCGGGACAUCUGACCCAUCAAAUUGUUUUCUCAAAAUUCGAAUUGUAAUUUGAGUGCUUUCAACUUUUUAUUGCAUUAUUAUUGUGAUAUCUUUCGUCAUUGGAUCAAAGUAGAUCUGAAAUUACCCCAACUCCAGUUACCCGAAAAUCCAACAACUGUAUCCAAACAGUUUUUUCUUCUUCUUCAGCUGUCUUCAGCUUAUACUUGAAUAUUACGAGUGCAAAUGUUAUGCAAAAUUCUGUUCAUCCUUUCAAGAGUUCGAGGCAUGUUUUUAAAUACUAUUUGCUUAAAAUUGAGUUUUUGUCUCAGAGCGAUAAUUUGGAUAAAUGAAGUUUUACUGUGAAGGAAUGUAAAAGAAUAGCCGUAAAAUGAUGACAUGAAUAAUUACAAAAAGGUGGAGGUUGGGUGAUCGACGCUCAGUUGUCCUUGAUGCUCGAGUCUCCGACGCUCAUUUAUUCGGCGCUCAGUUGGCACAUCCCAGUUCUAUAGAGUUUGCUUGACUUGAAGAGUCAAGACCUUUGAAACCUGAAGGCUAGGUGUGAUGUUGCGUUAAGGUUUUGAGACGUGGAAUGAUCGCGAAAUGUCCCGCUUAACUCAUAUCUGUCAUGAGCAUGCGUGCCUCGGAUGCCGUUUACAUUCCGCGGAAAGAAAAGCGCGACAGUUCUAAUUCCUCCUUGAGUUCCUCGCUACGGGUAGAGAGAAAAAAGUUUUCGGCUGACUCGGGUUGCAUUGCGGAACAGACCGGAAGCACUUAUUCGAGGUCACGCCCUCGCGAGAAAGCACGGCUUAGAAAUCACGUCGAAGAAGGUCAUUAACGGGAGAGUGAGGAAGCAAUUUUCUGUUCUUUUUUUUCGUAAUUGUAUACGUUGCUUGCUGUGAUGCUGCUGUAAUGCGCGAUUUAAUAUUGGAUUUCGUUUUACAUGUGGGUAGUUAUGUUCGAGGGGUUUGUUAGAAAUUGAGCUGGCAUUCGGGAUUGUAUUGACGUUCUCAACUCGUGAUCAUUUUAAUCCGUCUGGGGGUGAUAUAGGAAUUAUAUCAGGUCACUUCAUUCCCCGCCCCGUUUUUUCGCCUGCGUAUUUGCUAUGGGUUCGCGAUUUUCUGAGUUUUUCGUGGGUGCUGUGAAGGGUAGCUUGCCUCGUGUUAGCCGCUCUGCUGCGACGGCUUUUUUAGGACCCCCGUUCCGUUUUCUCGUAUUUUGCAGAGUUCCCCUCCAGUUAUGACUCGCUCUUUUGUUUCGACUGACCCCCACAUGCAUUUCUGGUGGAUGUUGGCAAGCAAUAAUGGGCAUUGAGGGGGGCCACAAAGAGGCGAAGGACAGGGUUUGUCGUGGCAUUUACGAAAGUCUCAUGGGUUCCCCGCGUGCUUCCGAACGACCCUAGCAAGAGACGAAGAAAAUAUUGCUUCGUAGCCGCUGCGAAAGAAAGAAAAUGCUGGAACACUAGGUUUGUCGUUGCUAGUACUCGUGUUUUGUCCGUUGUGAUAGCCACGGCUCCUCCCGGCUUUGCUCUCCCCAUUUUUUGAAACCCCCUCCUCUUUUCUUCUUUUUUUGUGUGUAACUUCGCGUCUCGUUCCAUUGCCCCCCUUUUUUGCCCGAGAUGGAAACAUUUUUUGAUCCAGUCCGAAAUUGACAAGCUGACUUCAAGAGAAUUUUACUCGUUCGGAACUGCUGCCAUAUUUACUCGAAUGCGUGAUGCAUUUUGUAGUUCAUGUCUUUUAGUCAAGUUAUCACUCAUAAUUAGCUAAUUAAGAUGAAUUCUCAAGUUGAAUGUACAAAAAGAUCUCUGCCGCAAAAUGUAGUACGGAUGCUGAUUAAUCUACAGCAGCAAUUCCGUAAUGAUUGAAGCAAAUAGUGUAUGUCAAAUUACUGGAGUUGAACGGAUAAAUCUUAAUUUUACUUUCAAAUAUAUCAAUAAUCAUGCUUGAAAGCUAUUUUCUGGUUAGCUUUACGGAAAUGGUACAUGGAUUGAAUUGGUUGAUGGAGCAGAUGAGCUGUGAUUCGGAUGGCUUCUGAAAUCAGCUAGAAUAAUUUUUUUUUUCAAUUUUAACUUUUCCUGUGGUAUCUUGCAUUCGAGUCAAUAUGGUAUACGCAGAGGUCAAGAUUUUAUUUUUCGGGGGCAAUGUUCGAGCUGAAGUUACUCUCUCAUGUAACCGUUGGAAAGAAAAAGGAAAGAACUCGAUUUCGUCGCUUCGCUAUUUGAGUUUAGCGCCUCUGCUGUAAAAUCGUAGCUGUGAUAAACGAGCCCGCGUUUCUUUCCGGAAGUUCGACUGCGUUCCAACGUGGGUCCUUUUUUUUUGUCCUGGGGAAUCUCUGCUCAAGACACCUUGGAAAAAUGUCCAUUUUGAAAGUUCGCCUGGGUCCCCGUGUUGUUUUUUCAUUUUGCUCAGUGGGUUUGUCGUGAAGCAGUAUUAAUCAUUCGGAUUCCCGCUGGGUGUUCUAGAGGCGUCGAACAAAUCGUGCUGUGUGGGUUCACCGCUUCUCAUUUAUUACUUUUUUUGUGUUUGUGCUGAGAUGGAUUUUGUAUUCGCUUUGCCCGGCGUGUUUUUUUCCGUUUUUUGCUGUGCUGAUUCCCGUUUUUGCCGGGAGGAAGAGGGAUUUCCUGCGGCUACUCAGGCUAAUAACGGCUCGUUGCUAAGUGAUACUCGUCGUGUCAAGUGUUCACGCUGAUACAAAACCUUUUUGUGGUAUGAGUUUUUGGGAGAAGCUGAGCAUGCGGGAUGAGUCCUUUUUUUGUUUGUGCAGGGUUUUGGGUUUUGUGUGGGAUGUCCCCCUGAAUCAAAGCUAGGUCGUGCUGUAUUUGUUUUUCCCGCGUUGGCACUGAUUUUUUUAUCAUGUGGGGAACUGGAGAGAAAGAAGAAAAGGUAUUGGGCUCAUUAUUGCGUUGCGCGUCCUGAUUUCAGGAGGGUUUUUUGUGAAAUAUCCUAACUGGCAUUCCGGUGUGGGGGCGCGUGGGGUUCCGGUUUUUUUUUUUUUCUUGUGUGAGGCUCCCCGAUUAACCUGACUGGUUUUCUCGCGAUUUGGCGUGCAUUUUUUGGCUUGAGCAGGUGUUUUGUUCCCCCACCCCCCAGCCCCUCCGAAGGUUUUUUUUUCCUGGUUUCUCUUCUCUGCGCACUGCUUGUCUGACACCCGCUCUUGAUCGGAAAAUCCCGAAUGGAACGUUGAUUGACUCGUGGCUAAUUCGGGGAGGUUUUGCUUUCGAUUGAAAAUAUUGAUCAUUUCCUCCUUUUUAUUGGUUUUUCCAGAAGGGAUUUUUCGAUGUUAUUUUGUGCCUAUGCUGUAGAAUUGUUUUAUGAUUACGAGUAAAGAUGUGCAUUGGUAAAAAGGCAAUCGGAAGAUCAAA